AUAUAUGCAGAUGUAUGUAUACACCGGUUGCUUCUGCAUGGCAUUAUUUUGUGCUACUUUUAGUCGUAUUGUUGAAGUGCGUUUAUUUAAGUGUGUUGCAGGUAUCGUCGAAAGCACUGAAGUAAUUUUUUAAAAUUUACCAUUUUGAAAAACAAGGUUUUCUUAUCACAAGAACAAGAUGGCAGCUGUUUGUUGUGGAUGUUUCAAAACACUCACAGACGUCGAACAGAAGAACAUUUUCGACGAAACUCUAAGGAUUUUUAUAGACGAUUACAUCGAAAAUAGUAAUAAAAUCGAUGAAUGUAAGAAGCAGCUGAAAUUAAGUGAAAGCAUCGAAUUAAUCAUGGGUAUAAAGAUUGUGCAGUCCAACGAACAAUCCGUCAACUUAUGCGACAAUUGUUUUCAAAAUAUACAAUUGUAUAUAAAUUUGAGAACUAGAUUGCUUCAUUCACUGCGUUCGCUAAAGAAUGGGUCUAAUUCGAACGAACCUAGCUCGAAAAAUGAAUGCACAAAAACUUCUCAAAAUCAGCAAGAUAAUCAGUCAAUAGAAAAUGUUGAUACAAAUAAAAAAGUUGUAUUCGAAGAUGUGAUUAAUGUUGAUGAAAACAGCACACCCUUAGAAUUUAAUUCGCAGUUGUCUGAUCAGGAAACAGCGGAUACCAAUGAUUCCAUAAAUAAUGUUACAGACUUACAGGAUGAUCAGGAGAAUAAUAAUUCUAGUGACUUGGAGAAUUCUAACACCAAUUCAAGCCCUUCCAUGUCCAGAGAGAUACCUUUGAAAGUUAAAGACAAUGAUAUAGAGUCAGAGAUAGAUGUAUGCUCUGGAGAUGACGAGGAAGUAUUAGAAUUAGAUAAUCAGGAUACAAGAGCCAAUAUUGUAGAAAUCAAUACUUCUUCGGAGUCUGAUAUAGAGGUGUGCGAUUAUGAACCAAUUGGAAAGAGAAUGAAAAAGUAUCAUGCAUUUUCGCCUCAUUUGCUUUUUUAAUCUUUACCUUUUAAUUUAAUUGUACAAAAUAAGGAACACGUUAUUUGAUACAAAUUUCUACGUUUGAUGUUCCAUGUUUAAAAUACUGUACAGUUAAAAAAAAUAUAUAUUGUUAUACUUUAAACUACUGUAUAUUGUAUGUAUGUAUUUAUUAUGUAUAAAAUAUUGCCAAAUAAAUUUAUUAAAAAAAAAAC